AUGAGCGUUCCGGGCCAGGCGUUCCGGCUGGGCCUGGCGGGAGGCGGCAGCUUCACGGAGGACGCGCCCAGGCCGCCGGUGCCCGGGGAGGAGGGGGAGCUGGUCCCGGCCAGCAGCCAUGCCUGCUUCUUCUCCCCCGGCCUCAAGGCGGAGGCUGCCGCCCCCCGGCGCCCGGACCUGGACCUGGGCUACGAGCCCGAGGGCAGCGCCUCCCCCACGCCGCCCUACCUGCGCUGGGCCGAGUCCCUGCACUCCCUGCUGGACGACCAGGACGGCAUCCACCUCUUCCGCACCUUCCUCAAGCAGGAGGCCUGCGCCGACCUCCUGGACUUCUGGUUCGCCUGCAGCGGCUUCCGCAAGCUGGAGCCCUCCGACGCCAACGAGGAGAAGAGACUCAAGCUGGCCAAAGCCAUCUACAAAAAGUACGUCCUGGACAGCAACGGGAUCGUCUCGCGCCAGAUCAAGCCCGCCACCAAGAGCUUCAUUAAGGACUGCGUCCUGAAGCAGCUCAUCGACCCCGCCAUGUUCGACCAGGCCCAGACCGAGAUCCAGGCCAUGAUCGAGGAGAACACCUACCCCCUCUUCCUCAAGUCCGAUAUUUAUUUGGAAUAUACCAGGACCGGGGGGGAGAGCCCCAAAAUGUACAGCGAUCAGAGCUCAGGGUCUGGGACGGGGAAAUGCCUCUCGGGUUACUUGCCAACCCUCAACGAGGACGAGGAGUGGAAGUGCGACCAGGACGCUCAGGAGGAGACGGGGCGCGAUUCGGUCCCUUCCAGCAGGCUGACCCAGAAGCUGCUCCUGGAGACAGCCCCUCAGCGGGCCACCUCCUCAAGGCGGUACAGUGAGGGGAGAGAGUUCAGGCAUGGGCCUUGGAGAGAGCCGGUGAAUCCUUACUAUGUCAACACGGGCUAUGCCCUGGCCCCCGCCACCAGCGCCAACGACAGCGAGCAGCACAGCAUGUCCAGUGAUGCCGACACCAUGUCUCUGACGGACAGCAGCGUAGAUGGGAUUCCGCCGUACCGACUCCGAAAGCAGCAUCGCAGAGAGAUGCAGGAAAGUGCCAAAGCAAAUGGACGUGUGCCACUACCUCACAUUCCUCGUACCUACCGAAUGCCAAAGGAUAUCCAUGUUGAGCCGCAGAAGUUUGCUGCAGAGCUGAUCAAUCGGCUGGAGGAAGUCCUGAGGGACCGGGAAGCAGAGGCCAAGCUGGAGGAGCGCCUGAAGCGCGUCAGAGCGGAGGAAGAAGGUGAUGACGCCAACCUCCCCUUGGGCCCCUCCCUUCUGAGCCACAAGUUGCCCCCCACGCAGCUCUUGCCCCACUUUGCCCCCCGCUACGCGGAGAUGCAGCUGAGGGAUGCCCAUGAGGAGAACCCGGAGAGCAUCCUCGACGAGCAUGUCCAGCGUGUCCUGAAGACGCCGGGCUGCCAGUCGCCAGGCCCCGGCCGGCACUCCCCCAAGCCGCGUUCCCCUGACAGUGGACUGCCCGGGAAGCUGCUGCACGGCAUGGUGGGGACGGUUCCCCUGGGGCACGGCAAGCACCUGGCCAAGGCGGGGCUGAAGCUGGAGGCCGCCAGCCUCCACCACCACAAGCACGUCUAUCACCACGGCCUCCUCCACCACCACGGCGCUCUCAAGCCCAAGGAGCCCCUGGAGACGGAAGGCGGCCAGCGCGGGCAGGGCAGCUUUGCCUGGAACCUGGACGCUCACAGCUAUGCAACGAAGGGGCGAGCCUACGGGGAAGGCCUCAGCCUGGCCCCAGCACCCGGGGAUUCCUUGGGCCACAGUGGGAAAGCCAGCCUGCUCUCCAAAAGGAACCCCAAGAAGCUGGAGGUGGGGAAGAGCGAGGGGGGGCCCAGCUACGACAUGCCAGGCUCUCCGGAGGAUGUGGAGAAAAACCAGAAGAUCAUGCAGUGGAUCAUCGAAGGCGAGAAGGAGAUCAGCCGACACAAGAAGACGACUCAUGGGUCUUCGGGGGCCAAGAAGCCUCUGGUGCAUGAGGUGUCCCGCCCCAUCUCCAUGGAGCGCCCCCUGGCCGUUCACCCCUGGGUCAGCACCCAGCUGCGGACCGUCGUGCAGCCCUCGCACCCCUUCAUCCAGGACCCCACCAUGCCCCCCAACCCGGCUCCCAACCCGCUGACCCAGCUGGAGGAGGCGCGCCGGCGGCUGGAAGAGGAGGAGAAGCGGGCCGGAAAGGCGGCCGCCAAACAGCGGUACGUGCAAGAGGUUAUCCAGCGUGGGCGCUCCUCUGUCAGGCCGGCUUGUAUUCCAGUGCGGAACGUGGUCCCCGCCGUCUCUGACCUGGAUCUCUCCGAGGCCGAGGUGAAGCCGCUGAAGAGGCCGGGUGGGGGCGGCUCCUCCUCCUCCUCCUCCUCCCAGCCUUCGGAGAACAUCGUGGUGGCCUACUACUUCUGCGGGGAGCCCAUUCCCUACCGCACCCUGGUCAAGGGGCGGGUGGUCACCCUGGGGCACUUCAAGGAGCUCCUCACCAAGAAAGGGAAUUACCGGUAUUACUUCAAGAAGGUGAGCGACGAGUUUGACUGCGGGGUGGUGUUUGAGGAGGUACGCGAGGAAGAGGCUGUCUUGCCCAUCUUUGAAGAGAAGAUCAUUGGGAAGGUGGAGAAGAUCGACUAGCUCAGAGGA